CUCUCGCUCCCCUUCCUUGUAAGUGGGUGGAUCUUAGGCGGCCGAGCGGCGCAGCUGUCAGGGGUAGCUGUCACCCAGCUUUAUGAUCAAACGCACAUUGAACGGGGGGGUCUGGCCGACUCAAGCUGCGGCUCCCAGCGACCUCGACCAUGCGCCGCCGCGUCUAGCAGACGAUCACACUCCAGCAAGAUACCCUGCGCCCUCCGCCUUUAUUAUUCCUGCUUUCACUGGGACUGAGAAACACUAUUUCUGGGGGAAUAUUUUUGAGAACCUUGUACGUGUCUUGUGCCUAACGUGGGAAAAAAAGGAAUCCGGUCCGGGAUGAAGACAAAAAAAGUGGUGGUGCCGUCCGGCAGCGAGACGGAGGACGAGGACAGCCUGGACGCACCCUUGGACCUGUCGGCCAGCGGGGGCAGUAGCAAGCGGCGUCGCCGCGGCAACCUGCCUAAGGAAUCCGUGCAGAUCCUGCGCGACUGGCUGUACGAGCACCGUUACAACGCGUACCCCUCCGAGCAGGAGAAGGCCGUCCUCUCCAGGCAGACCCACCUCUCCACGCUACAGGUGUGUAACUGGUUCAUUAACGCCCGCCGGCGAUUGCUCCCGGAGAUGUUGCGGAAGGACGGCAAAGACCCCAACCAGUUCACCAUAUCCCGGAGGGGGAGUAAGAGCGGGGAGGGGGCCACUGCAGAGAGCUCCCUCUCUUCCAGGCCCGUCGCCAUGGAGAUGGAGGACCGAGGUCCACAUCACUUAUCUGGCUCCGAAACCAGCGCCCGUCAGAAGCCCCUGUCGCCGGGGUCUGUGCCACCCAGGCCAUCGGUCAUCUGUCACACCACCAUCACUGCACCUCCACGCCUUACAGACGAGGGGACAGAUCUGCCGUCCCCAGCAGCCGGCCAGGGGGCCCCUGCGGAGCGCAAUGCCAGUCCCCAGGGGGGGUUCUUUAACACCCCUCCCCCGACGCCGCCGGAUCUCAGCCAGGAUUUCAGCGGCUUCCAGCUCCUGGUGGAUGUGGCCCUCAAAAUGCGGGCGGAACUGCAACAGGCCAAGUGAGCCUAAGUGCCUGAUCCGGGUACCGGGGCGAUGCCGGGAGACUGACCGCAAACACACCAGCAUCACCGUCACCAAAAAAAGGAAAAAAACCACAGAAGCCUGUUCAUUUCUAUUUUUUGAUACGACGACGAUAAGGAUUUUCUUUAAGAAAAAAUCUACAGUUUGGUGCCUUGCCUGACGUUUUUUUAAUCUUUAUUUUGUAUAUGUAUAUGUAAUUUGUAUCUUUUUGCACACAGAGGACCAAAAAUAGACAUGAGAGAGUCUUGUGAAACUCUUUCUGUUUCCAAGAAAGGAAGCCACGUUUUUUUCUACUGACUUUGCUCCUUCCUUCGUAAACUAACUUUCUUUGGACUUAUUUGCCGAGGAGUGCGGUCCCAUCGUGUUCUGCCCUCCCACAGAGGAAAUCGACGUCUCCGCUUCUCAGAGACGUCCAGCUGUUCUGCGACAUGCCUCAUCACUACUGUAGCUGUUUAUUUUUUGCCUUUAUUUAGCAGACAGUAAGUGGUUACCUCCCACAUCCUUCCCUCAGUCAGGUGGUUCGUGUAGCAGCAGUUCCAUGCUUUGUCUGAGUUGUCAUGGCGCUUAGCAACAGCCAAUGACUGUGCCAAGGUGAAGCCCUGCCCCCUCACUGAAUAAGUCCAAUAAGAGGCACCUGUGCGGUGAACUGGAAAAGCAAACACUAAUUUCAUUGGUUAAAAUGAUAUGUUGUGGCUUCAUAUUGCCACCAAAAAUGUAUUGAAUUAUGAAAUGGACCCUGUGUAUAACAUGUGAUUUCCUGUCUUCAUACUGUGCAAUGUCCAUGACAAAUAUGGGUCACUCGAUUGUUCAAAUAAAGUUUUGUUUUCUACAAACA